UUUUUUCAUUCCUAUCCUGACCUCCGGGUCGCAGCCGGCCUCAUGGCUCCCUUACAUGGGAGUCUGGGAGUGAACGGAGCAGCUGCCGGGAUGCGCGGCUCCUCCAAAGCAAAGCGAGCCAGACCGUUAAUCAGUUUCACGGUAGGAUUAGGACGAACAAACGCGGCAACGCGAUCCGGCGGCACCGGCCGGCCGCGCUCCAGUCCCCCACUGUCACUGUCACCCAAGCUCCCCGGCCUCAUGAAUAAUGCAGCAAGUGGCUGGAAGUCGCGCAGACUAACCCACGUCAGGUCGUGAGUGCGUGUGUACGGGAAAGCAGAACCUGGCAACCAGGAAAAACAAUAUAAAACCAGGACCUGCAUGAAGAUUUACAGUCCUCCUUGGGAGUCUGGACCAGAGCUGUGCUCAGCAGGAACACAACCAUGCUGAGGACACGCAGCUGCUGGUGCUUGUGCUGGAUUUCUGCCUCUGUGCUGCUGAGUCCAGCUCAUGGGCACGCCGGCGACUAUAAUCAGGAGAGGCCCCCCUGCCAACCAGGUUUCUACUGCCCAGCGGGCAGCUCCAGUCCGGUCCCCUGUCCUGAGGGAACCUACGGGCCGACCGCCGAGGCCGUGUCCGUUGACGGCUGCCUUACGUGUCCCCCUCACCAUUACUGUCCUCGAGCCGGCCUGUCCGCCUUCUCGCCUUGCGGCCCUGAGGCCGUGCAGCCUCUUCCUGGUCAGGACGCCUGCAUCUGCCCGGGGGAGGGGCAGCGUUUCCAGGCCAGCGAUGGGCGCUGCCACUGCACCAUCGGCUACCAGCCCACCGGCAGGGGAGACGCGUGCAUGCGCAGACUCUACGACGUCUGCGCAGACGGAGAGGCGCGCACGCAGCACGGGGACUGCCUGGACCGCCGGCAGUGGUCGCUUCACUGCAGCCGGCAGGUGUGUGAGUCGGCAGCAGACUACCGGGGUUACGACACAGAGCUGGGCCUGUGCGUGUGCAGCGAGCCCCCUGGACGAGCUGCGUGCCGAGGCCUGUGUCCCAACCGAGCGGCCACCGAGCUGACGCUCCGGUGCCGGUCGGACGGGGAGGCGGAGCUGGCGUGGAGCAGCGGCGGUCAGGUGCUGGGCGUCUCCGACCUCAUUCACGUCAAGCUCCUCAACAAGUGGGAUUCUCCUCCGUGCAGCCGUCAUGAUUCCUCACAUCUUGUCUACAUCGUCCAAACAACAGAGGCAGGCUUCCUCGGCCUUCUGGACGGCCUCCCAACGGAGCUCCAGCAGCCGCAUCCUGCCUCCACGCAGCCGGAUGCUCAGAGCUCGGCCGACAUUCCAGAUUCUGACGUCUGGUUGGAGGCAGUGGUUAAAAACAUCAGUGAUGGAGAGAAGACUUCCAGCAACAUGAGGGGCAGUCGGUAUAAUCUGCAGGAAGACAUGAGGAGUGUAACCGGAAUACUGAACCCGACAGCGUGUCUCCAUAUGGGUGACGUUAUAAUGUUCACUGUCAAUGCACGUCAUUACCCUCAGUAUGAUCUUGACAACCUGUACAACACUAACGCAGACUUCGACUGGGGUGCGUUCCGGCAGCUGGAGGAGGAGCUGACUCUGUCUUGGACGCCUCCCAGCCUCUUCUCAUUCCCCUUAACCCAACCUGGAGUUUACGUUUUCACCCUGAGCAGCAAUCAGCACAAACACUUGUAUGUGAGGGUGAUGCCCGCGGGUGCCCAGUGUUACGAGCCUGGCCCCUUUUUCCCAGCAAUACCUCAUCACAUGACCAGGAUGGGGAUCAGAAGGAGACGCAACCUGUUGCUGCGGCCUGACUGGCUGGUGACAGGAGGUCUGCUCUUCGGAGCUGUGGUCAUCCUCUGUUUAUGCGUUACCCUGCUGAUCCUGUUCCGGGAGUAUGGGUGGCCGGAGAAAGGGCCGGUCAGGCCGCGGUACCGCUCGCAGCAGUUGGCCUACCACAUGGACGACUACUCGUCUAAAGGGUCGAGGGUGGUGUCGCUCAGGAAGACUCACAGGAACCAGCAAACCAGACUGACGCAAGACUCCAUCCAAGCAGGAGUCUGCACAGAUGCCUCGGAGGACUUCUGGGAUUAUGAACAUCAGGUGGACCUGGAGGCCUUCAGCAGCAACACCUUCUACAGCCUCCUGCUCAAACAGAGCCUGUCCGUCACCAUGCGCCUGGGACAGCUAACCGCAGAGGUAAAGGAGCUGUACCAGGGCGUGCUGGGGAAGCUGCAGCUGCUCCAUCCCUGCCUGAUCGCCGAGGAGAGGGUGGGGGAGAGAAAUGAGAGGAUGAGGAGGGAGGUGGAGAGAGAGGCGUUCCGACGAAAGACCCUGGCCUCACAGCUGAGGACCCUGCUGGACCGGCAGCUACAGGUUGUAAGACAGGAGCAGCAGGCCCAACAAAGAGCCCACAGCUUGUUCACCACUCAUCUCAAACAGUGCACCAGACUAGUGUCCACGGUUUAUGAUCAUGACCACACAUCCUGUGAACUAGAGCAGCAAAAUUUGCUCCAGAGGCUGACGGCCCUGGUGGAUGAGAUGGGAGAGCUGGUCUCAGGGGAGUGUCAGCGUCAGGGGGCCUGGGGGUUCAUGGGUGAGGGCACAGGGGCCAAGCUGCUGUGCCCCAACACCGGAACUGUGCUGAACAAAGGCGACAUCUUUGGUCCUGAUGGGGGCCUGCGUGCCGGUCAGGCCCUUCAUCAGGACCCAGUCACGGGUCUCAUAAGAGCCAACCCUCAAAGCCUCAUGCUGCUGAACAGUGGCCACGCCUUGGCCGUGCCCCCGGAGUACGUCCUCCACCCACAGACUGGCCGCAUCGUGCCCAUCGCCGGCAACCUGGCCUACGACCCUGCAAGCUCUGCUCUAGUGUUCACCACUGACCUGUGUACAGACGACAGCAGGAAGUGGGACAGCCCAUUGCUUCCAUUCAUUCCUUACCCAGUCCGCUGCCAGUCGGACCAGCCUCUGCCCACCACUCGACUCCGAGGCCUGAGGCCCGGCCAUAGGCCGCAGCUCGGAGCUCCCAUGGCCGAUCCAGACACAGGGGUCCCAGUGCCCACGCUGGGUGUAACCAUCCACCCCCAGACUGGGCAGCUUUACCCGCUGGGAGGACUCCACGUCUGCCCCAUCACCCGCCUGCCGCAGCCCAUACAGAUCGGUUACCCCAUGCUGGAUCCCCGGACGGGCAACGUCGUGCUCACCGUUGGUGUCGCUCUAGAUCCAGUAACAGGAGCUGUGUUGCCAGUAGGGGGCCUGCUGCUGUACGAGUCCUUCGUGGAUCCUCUGAGUGGGCGUAUGCUGAGAGUAGGAGGGGCCAGCAUGAGUGGUGCAACAGUGGUGCCUAAUGCAGGAGGAUACCAGGCUUUACUAGACAGCAAGGUUCUGGCAGCAAUGUUCAAAGUGUUGCAGCUCCUCAAACCGCUGACUGGCGAGUGGGGCUCGGACCCCUCGCUGCGGCACCAGCCGCCCCGCGGCUCGGUGGGCGACCGAGGGAGCAGGCGGCGGGACGGCCUCGGCGCCGCCGCCCAGGAGCUGCAGCAGGCCUGGGGGCGGAGCCUGCACGGCCUGCUGCAGCUGCAGGCCAGGCUGGAGAUGCUGCUGGACUGGGCUGCGGGUGUGCAGCAGGACGGAGGGGCGCUGGGGGAGAUCCGUCUCCCAGGCUCAGAUGUGUGCGUCCCGGCUCUGCUGGGGAUGGAGUACCCCGACCCGGUGGGUUCUGGUCUUAGUGUACCUGUGCUGGGGUCUCAGACUGAUCCAAUCUCUGGGAGCACGGUGCCACUGGCAGGGACCAUGCAGGACCCUGAAGGAAAAGGCCUGGUGCCGAUCCGUUACGGCGCCCACACUGUGGACCCAGUGACAGGUGUGUUGGCCCCGGUGGUCGGAGCCAGGCUGGAUGUGUCCAGGAAAAGCAUCGUGCCCCUCACAGCCUGCUACUGGCUAACGGUGGUGGAUCGAACCGAUAGCAUCCAGGUGGAGGCUCUGCAGAGGGAGGUGUGCGCGCGGAACACUUACUGGCAGCAGCAGCGGCAGCGGGAGGAGGACGUGCUCUCGGAUCUGGAUGCUGCUUUGUUCCAGGGUCUCUUUCAAGUCACGAAAGCCGACUCUUCACAGGUCCAGUGGUCGGGGAGGCAGCUGAGGGAGGCGGCCGCGGAGCUGCAGGAUUCGGCGCAGGCCGAGGCCCAGAGGAGAGCGGGCCAGCACUCCCACUUGGCUGUGAUCCUGCCAGGCCAUGUGGUCCACAUCCUCACGCAGGGUGAUAAGGACGAGUGGGAUCAGCAGUGGGUUUGGCACUCGGAGCUCGUGUCGGGCCUUGAUAAGCUGGACGUGUGCGUAGAGCAGCUGCAGCAAGAGCAAGAAAAAUGGCCAACGCAGGAAAGAGCCCAGGCAUCGGCGAGAAAACUGAGGCUGAAGGAGUUGUGGGAGCAGACGAGUUCCAGACAGACAGAACUGGAGACCGCUCUCAGCAUGCUGCACUUUGUCAGGCAACUCUCUCAGCUCCGUGCAGACACGGCUCAGGCUGUACUGUGUGGGAACUUCUGGUACAAGGAGUAUGGUCUAGUUCAGAGCAGUGGGCACGUAACGGCAGCAAAGGUCAUGGGUUUUCUCAAGCAGAAAACGCUGCCUCUUUUGGAGACACUGAAACAGCUUCUGGAAGACAAAUUGCCCUCCAGCCCAUCCCAUCAGCAAAUCUCUGUAAAGCCUGUUGACUUUAAAGGUUUCGAUUUUGGACAUGCUGCGGUUCCACCAACAAAGCAGACGUGUGGACUGGAGGCGGCCUCUGGAGUCUGGACUGUCUCCGUGCCUGUGGUGAAAGGGAUCUCCACCCAGACCUUACGCGAGCCUGUAAACGUAGCCCAGGCCCCGGACCCCGCUCUGGAGCCCAGCUCUGCACAGACGCGCAGCUCACAAAGACACACUGCAUCCUCUGGCAUUUACUCACAAGAGAGCCAGUCUGUGAAGGAGCCUCGCCCUGCACACAACCCUGCAGAGGACUGGGCUAAGCUGCUCCAGCUCUCGCCUGCGUUCCAAGUGCUGAAAGCGGUGGAGCAACAGCUGAAGACCUGGGCCUGUGGGACGGGGCUUCUCAGACCAGACGACAGAUGCAAUACUUUCAUGGACAUCCUUGAUGCUCAGUGGGAGUGUGAGGGAGAGCUGAUCCCUUUGGACCCGUCGGUCCUCAGCCCCAGAGAGUUCCUGGUGUACCAGCACGGACUCUAUCUCAUGCAUGCAUUACAUCAUCUCAAGCUGACUCCAAUCAUCUCGCUUCAAAUAGCUUCUAGCCUCCCGAUCAACAACUACUACAGCAACGCCUUCAGAAAUUCCUUCUUCUUUCAGGAGGCAGAAGAGACCCUCUUCGUGCGGCGCCACAGGCUCCAGUCGGUGGGCGGCUUCUCUCUGCUGCUCAUCCAUUGUCUGUCCCAUAUCGCAAGUAAGGACAUGUGCUCCGACUCCCGUCCUGCCUUCCGCAGGCUUUUCUUCAAGUUACUGCAGGCCAGUUUGGAGGAGCUGUUUGAGGCCAGGCUCGGCAUAAUUCCCUCCGGACUGGAGUCCAAUUUCAGCAGUUGCUUUCAAGACCAAGAUCAUUCAGGGGACCUAAAAGGGACCACAGCCUCUCUAGCCUCCAGGCUCACCAGACUAAGUAGAGGAGGGCUGUUUGAACACGGGGCCCAGGAAUUUGCGGAACUUCACAAGAAGCACAGUGCGGUCUCUCUGUCUGAGCUUGAGGGACUUUUGAGAGAGAAGAUCGAUUAAACACAUGUACUGGC